AGCAGAUUCGCAAUUUGCGUGGUGCUUCAGAUUUCCUUGGGAUUAAUUAUUAUACGUACGAACAUGUAACAACAAUGACUGACAUCGAUAUUAAAGAUGUGGGUUUCGACUUCGACCCCGGGGUCAUAUUAACAGAAGAAACACAAUUGAGGGACGCACCAUUAAUGUUUGGGAAAGUAUUACAGCGUAUAAACGAGGAUUAUCAUCCCACGAUUUAUAUUACCGAAAAUGGUUUUUCUGAAUCCGCUUUAGAGGACAAAGCUAAGGUGACAUACCUGCGAGGGCAUCUCGCAGAAGUGUUAAAAGCCAUACAGAAUGGUGUCGAUAUUCGAGGUUACAUAUUGUGGUCGUUGAUGGAUAACUUCGAGCUACAAUUUGGUACACAAUUUCAAUUUGGUCUUUUCCACGUCGAUUUUAAUCACCCAAAUCUCACCAGGACUCCAAGAUUGUCGUCUAAAUUUAUAACUCGUGUUUAUAAAACCCGACGCCUGGAUUAACCCUAGAAUCCUACACAUGGAUCAUUCAUGCCUAUGUCAAAAAUUUCAAGUGUAAGUAUUAUUGGACUCUCGCUGGUAGGGGCUUCCGAUUCUGCGAAAAAAUGGAUAAAUAAAGAAAUAUUUUUUCGAAAUA